AUGGCCGACGUCCAGGCUGGAAACCGGCCGUGGCCCACAGUCCACUCUCUCGACGAUACCUACCGAGUACCGGCAAGUCCUAUCGCCGCGCCUCCGACCUACGAUGCGGUCGUGUUGGCCAUCCCGUCUUCCACAAGGCUCUUUCUGGAACCUCAACCGUCAACCGAGGUCAAGACGAGGUAUGGUUUCUUCAAGGCCUCGUGGCCCGUCUGGGCGCAACGCCGAACUCCCCCAGCUCCGGCGAUCGCCGCCCCCUCCUGGGGCUCCCUUCGAUGGCCCUGCCCGGUGGCCGUACCGUUGAUUGAGACGGCCACAAGUACCGAUGGCUUCCUCGCCGGUACUCGUGGGCUUGCAAAUCUCGAGCCAAACGGGGCACCGGCAACGGUAGUUGGACGUCAAAUGUUCCAGGCCCUCCUAAGUACUCCGCUCUUCGCGAACCCGUCCCGCGGUGGAACUGGAGCCUGGGGCAUCUUGCGACGCCGACGCCGACGUAGCACGAGCACCAGCACCGGCACCAGCACUGACGGCCCACACCCCCUCGGCACUUGGAAUCGACCGAUCGGAUCUCAACCAAUAUCGGCAUCUGGGAAUAGCGUGACGGGCAGCGGGCAGCGGGCAGCGGCCAGCUUUCUCGAUUCGAUUCCAUUCGAUUCCUUCCCUCCGCGCCUCAUCGGGGAAUUUCCCAACACCCACUGGGGAGCCUGUCUCGACUCCCGUCCCCGUCCCGUCCCCGUCCCGUCCCGUCCCGUCCAGUCCCGUCCAGUCCAGUUCAGUCCAGUCCAGUCCGAGCCCUCUCGGCUCCCGAGUCUUGGAGCAGGUCUGAGUGUUCAUGUCACCCCCGUCAACCGGGGAAUACUUGGCGUGCUUACAGCCAAACUCGUUCGUACGUAUACGAGCGGACUCCACCGCGAGCAGAGCAAAACUGACAAGUCGAACAAGAAGAGAAAGAGGAAAAUAAAAAUAGAAAUGGAAAGAUGUAUUGCGUUAGGCCGACGACCAGGCUCUCUCUCUCUCUCUCUCUCCGGGAAGGGGGAGAUUGGAUCACUGACCCACUUUAAGCAACAACAACAACAACAGCGACAACAACAGCGACAACAACAGCGACAACAACAGCGACAACACGAGCCGAGCACACGUUUUUUCGUCCAAAAGUUAGAAACUCUGCUGACUGGCUGGCUCUUGCGCCUCUUCCUUUGCUUGAAAAGGGGACCGGUACCUGCCUACCGACCUACAUAUCCACAAUACAAUACAAAAAGUCCUUCGCGCGCGCGGUCCCCCCUCUCCCCCCCACUGACCACAUGGAGAAGAGAUAGGCAGCAUUCUACGGGACGAUCAGAUAGAAAAGCACGUCACGCCGCUGAAGUAUCGGGAAAACGCAACGCAACCCAACCCAACCCAACGCAACCCACCCAACCGUGCCCAUGCUAA